GGAGGUGGAGCAGUUGCGAAAACCGGCGGCCCAGCUGCGAGCUUUCCCCGGCAGUGGACGGAGUAGUGGAGGGGCUCUUGGCACCUUCCCAGCCUGUGCCCAGAUGCUGCGCGCCCUGACCAGCACCCUGCGCCUUCCAUGCCCCUGGAGGCCCCUUCGCACCCGCAGCUGCGCCUCCCACGGAGCUACCGGAGAUCCGGAGAUCCAAGUGCGCGCCCUGACCGGCAGCGACCAAGGAAUCACUGAGAUUCUGAUGAAUAGACCGAGUGCCCGCAAUGCCCUGGGGAACAUCUUGGUCAGCGAGCUGCUGGAAGCUCUGGCCCAGCUACGGGAGGACCAGCAAGUGCGUGUUCUGCUAUUCAGAAGUGGAGUGAAGGGUGUGUUCUGUGCAGGUGCAGACCUGAAGGAGCGGGAGCAGAUGAGUGAGGCAGAAGUGGGGAUCUUUGUCCAGCGGCUCCGAGGCCUGAUGAAUGAGAUCGCAGCCUUCCCUGCGCCCACUAUCGCAGCUAUGGACGGGUUUGCCUUGGGCGGAGGCCUGGAACUCGCCCUGGCCUGUGACCUCCGAGUGGCAGCUUCCUCAGCUGUCAUGGGGCUGAUCGAGACUACCCGAGGGCUCCUCCCUGGAGCAGGAGGGACUCAGAGGCUGCCUCGAUGCCUGGGGGUGGCCCUGGCAAAGGAGCUCAUCUUCACAGGCCGAAGACUGAGUGGUGUACAGGCCCAAGCCCUGGGGCUGGUGAACCACGCUGUUUCCCAGAAUGAGGAGGGCAACGCCGCCUACCAUCGGGCACGGGAACUGGCCCAGGAGAUCCUGCCCCAGGCACCCAUUGCUGUGCGGCUGGGCAAAGUAGCCAUUGAUAGAGGAAUGGAGGUGGACAUCUCAUCAGGGAUGGCCAUUGAAGGAAUAUGCUAUGCCCAGAACAUCCCCACUCAGGACCGCCUAGAGGGCAUGGCAGCCUUCAGGGAGAAGCGGCCCCCCAGAUUUGUUGGCAAGUGACUCCCAUUUAACUAUAAGCGUGGGAGACGCCUGCCUUCCAGGGCAGGAUCCAAAAGGAAAAUUUGCAGGGUGACCGUUCAUCAUUUCACCUCUCUGGGCUUUAGUCUCCUCACAAGGACAAGGACAGAUAUAAAACUGGAAUGGUGUUUGAUACCAAGGUCCUGCCCAUGCCACCUACAGCUAUAUUCAUAAUUCCUCAUCCUGGCUAGAUAAUCACUGGUGUCAAGUUGGCUUUGGAGAAUAUGUCUCUCCCUACUCAAAUGGUAAACUAAGGAUUAAAACAGACCACUCUGGGCCUUUGUAUUAUUGGCUCUCAGGCCUGACCUCUGCCUCUCAGUUAUCGGGUGCUCACCAGAGAUGGCAAAAGGUUGUAAGAACCCUCCAGUUUCUUCCUCUGUACAACAGAGAUAAUACAGAAACCCUGGUAGUGGCUAACAGGCAUCAGGAAUCAGACUGCAGAUCCCAGCUCUCUGCCAUUCAUUGUGUGCCUCAGCUUCCUCAUCUGCAAAAUGAAACUGCUGUGAGGAUUAAAAAAAAAAGCCUAUGGCUUCAUGUUCAAUAAACC